GGCAGGAGCUGUCACUCUGGGACAGACUGGUCAGAGUUUCUCGCACUAUGUCAGUGAAAGCAGUGUCUGCUUUGACUCAAGGGAACACCCAAGUACGAGUAGAGCUUUGAUCCUCAUCAGCGGCUCCUUGUCCGUCCAUUCUCCUCAUCCCAGAAGCUAUGCCCACGGAGCCAGAAUGGUUGCACAACUACGCUACCGACCGGCAUGAUUGGCACAAAACCACGAGCAGGGGCAGGACACUGUUCUUCCGCCGCAUGGGCAUUGUGGAGUCGCUCUUUGAUAACGAUGGGUCGGAUUUCGAAGGACGAGCAGACUUGACGAUCCAUUUACAUGUAGAGAUCAAAACUUCCUCAACACUCCAGGUCUUGAGGGAAAGGAUCUUUCAGGCAUGGGGUAUUCUCCGCCAGGAACAUAUCCUCCUCUCAGCGAGUGUGGCUGAGGCUCAUGAUGUUGUGCCCGAAGACUCGAGGUACGAUGCACACGAGCGAUUGUUCGUUUUCGAACCAAAACUGGAUGUCGACGAGAUGCUAGCCGAAGCAAGAAAACACACGAUAUUUCUGGACGACCACUAUUCAGAUAUCAACGCCGAUGACUUCUUCCUACACGCUCUGAAUUCCAGUCGUGGCCUUAACGCCUCUAGUGCAUUAAGUCGGUUAUAUGUCAUGCCACUGGAAAUGGACAGUCAUGGCCUCUGCCAGCUUCACCUGGUUCUUAUUGCUGCGCAUCAAAUCAGUGAUGGCCUCUCGUUCCAAAGAUGGAUGGCCAAUUUCAUUGAGCAUCUUAACCAAACUCCAGAACGACUCAGACGGUCUGCAAAUGAUCUUUGCGUUGCCUCUCCUGCCAAAAGGCUACCGCCGGCUCAAGAAUCUUUAUAUCCACCUAUCAGAGGUAACAAAGCUAGACAGCGGUGGUCUUGGUUGCUUUCACGCAUCCUUCGUCAUACUCGGAGACCACCACCAGCCUCGUUCCAAAAUCCUCUUAGACGGAGAGAACCCUUACCCUCGGCUCAGGCUAUGGAACCUAGAUUUUCCAAGGUACUCAACUAUACUCAUACCCCGCCAUUAAACACGUUUCCCAUACGUGCAGUACUCGGUCCAGAAUCGACACAAAAGUUAGCAAGGAUUUGUCGUCAGGCUAAGAUCAGUGUAGGAAGUGGAUGUUUUGCUUUGGUAGCAAUGGUAAUGAUGCUCUUUGAGGAGAGGCGCAAUCCCCAUGUGUCAAGUCAUGAACGUCCGCCAUUUGUGGGAUCAUUUCCGAUUAACCCUCGACCAUUUCUCACAGCGAGUCCGACAACUGGUAAAGAAGACAGUUUGGUACUCGCUUUCAGCGACGGCAUCACUUUGCCCUACCUAUCAAGUGAUCUUGAUUUUGAAGGCAGACUGAGACUGCUAAGCAAGCAAGCAGCAAGGCAGCUGCGCCAAUACCAAAAACGGCCGAGGAACCUGGAGGAAGAGGUCCACUUGGGCUCGAAAAGUCAAACUCAAUUGUUCCCUUUGCUGUACCUGUCCACUCUUGAGCGUCUCGAAUCAAGAACCGACGCAGGAAGAAAGCGAGGCUGGGACGUGCAGGGUGAAUACCCGGCAAAGGUUGGUGCAAUACCGGCAACUUGUGGAGUGAGUUCAGUGGGAGCACGCUCUUCCGUGAUAUCGUCUGGUAAAUAUGAUACAGGAAAGCUACCGCCAAUGCACGACGUGGUUGCAGACUUCCGGGGGCUCAACACCACUGUCAGGGCGAGGGAUGGCGAAUUUCUCGUUGGUGUUGUUGGUGAUGGGGAUUGUCUUCGGUUCCAAGUCAGUUACGACGGAUGCGCUAUUGAUCCCACAAAAGCGCAGGAGUGGAAGCAUGUCCUUGAGACCAUGUUGGAUGGGAAGAAAGCGCCAACUCCAAGGCUAUGAUGUACGACCUUUUGCAACGGAGAGUUAUAUUAUCAAUCUAGUCCUCUACUGGGCGGCUGAAAGCGAUAGCAGAGUGACAAAAUAAGAUGCAUUAGCAU